GUGCUGGUGAAUCAGGGAAGAGUACAAUAGUUAAACAAAUGAAAAUUAUUCACGAAAGUGGCUUUACAAGUGAGGACUUUAAGCAAUAUCGACCGGUCGUCUACAGUAACACCAUACAGUCUCUGGUCGCCAUCCUGAGGGCGAUGCCUAAUUUGAGCAUUAGCUAUGGGAAUAACGAGCGAGAG